GAUCCUUAUAGAUGCAACGUAAUCAUUUUUGAAAAUGGAACGUUUUUAUUUACGUUUUUUAUGUAAUGAUUUAUUGUUAUUUCAUACUGAAGCCCAAUAUGUGAUCACAUGACACAAUACUCAGAAUCUGUGUUCCGUUUUUUUCCUUCUGUUUUCAAAGGGGCGGAAACGAUGCUGCGUGCUUGAGUGUUUGAUAGCGGCAAACGCAGCUCAUCGUGCAGUCACUACUGGUUGUCCUCUAAUCUGGUCUGUUCCUGUCCGCUUCAAUGAUUAGAUUGAUACGUUAAUAUUUAGAUGGACUGAUGGUGAUGAUGCUGGGGUCAUGAUGGAUAAUAACAAAGCGGUCUGCAGCAGCAGCACGUCGGGAAUGGAGCAUCCGUACAGGAGCAUGCAAUAAUGGCCAGCGAUGAUCCGCUGUAGUGCUGGACAGGAGGAUGACAGAAAGAGGAAACCAUGGAGAAAUACCUUCCCAAAUAUCUCCCAUUCUUCACUCUGCUGGGUCUGUCAGGACUCUUAUUCUUGCUGUGGAAUAUCACCUCACUGGAAGGCUGGAACUGUCAGACAGUAUCUACCUUCUAUCAGCUUCAGAACAGCGUCCAAUCAGUCUUAAAGACCUCUGAAUAUUUUCUACCGGUGGAGUUUAACUACUCCUUCUGCGCCCACCUCGGCCAGGAGCCCACUGCAGAGGAAACCAGGGAGGAGAGCUAUCUUCUCAAAUCCAUUGCCUGGCCAGAGCCGUCGAUCUUAGGACUGCCGUUGCGUCAAAGUACCGAUCCUGCACAGAGCUAUUAUAAGAUUCAAGACCCUGGAGAUCUGCAGGUGGGUGGGCAGCUUGUAGUGAAGAUACAGAUGCAGAACUUUUUGGGUCAGCCCAAAAAACACGGAGGAGACUUCCUUGUUGCACGACUUCACACGCCAGAACUGGUGGCAGGUGUGGCUGGAAGAGUUCAUGACCACAAUAAUGGAAACUACACUGCAUUUUUCCCGCUCCUUUGGGCAGGUGUUGCCCAGGUGGAAGUGACUAUGAUUCACUCCAGCGAAGCUGUGAUGGUCCUCAGGCGAUUGAGAGAGGAGCAGUCGGACCGAGUGUUCUUCAAGAGCCUCUUCCGCUCAGGGUACCUCUCUGAGACCACUUUAUGUAAUUUGUGUUUGCCGCACAAACAGCAGCCGCUUUGCAACUACACAGACCCCCAGACUGGAGAACCCUGGUUCUGUUAUAAGCCCAAGAUGCUGGACUGUGAUACACGGAUUAACCACUCAAAAGGAGGGUAUAAGAAACACCUUCUCACUGUUUAUGAGUCACAGUUCUUCCAAAGUGGAGUAAAUAUCAAAAUUCCAAUACAUUCUGCAGGAGUGGACAAUGUGACUGUUCAACCUGCUAAAGUACAAACCAAAGGGAUACACCUUGAAUUCACUCCUUCUGGUUACUACUACCAAGGAUCAUGGAGACCAUUGAGUGGGGUCGUCAUGCGUCCGUUUAAUAGCUCUACAGCCAUAACACAAUGUCUACGAGGGAAAAUGCUGUACCUGUAUGGAGACUCCACUGUGCGACAGUGGUAUGAGUAUCUCAUUGCCCAUGUUCCAGAGUUUAAGGAAUUCAACUUUCAUAGCCCGAAGAAUGUUGGCCCGUACAUGGCAGUGGACAGCAACCACAACAUACUAUUGAGAUACCGCUGCCACGGACCACCGAUCCGCUUCACAUCCGUGUCCUCGGCUGAGAUGCACUAUAUCUCUAAUGAGCUGGACGGCUUGCGAGGGGGCUCGGACACAGUGGUCCUUAUUAGCAUCUGGUCGCAUUUCAGCACUUUCCCAGUGCAGGUGUACAUACGGCGUCUGCGCCACAUCCGCAGAGCAGUGAUCCGGCUGCUGAAUCGAGAACCGGCGACUUUGGUACUGAUCCGCACGGCCAACCUCCAGGUACUAGAUCCGGAGUCCAGCUUGUUCAACAGCGACUGGUUCUCCCAACAGCUUGACGCAGUACUCCGAGCCAUGUUUAAAGGUCUGAACGUCCAGAUGGUGGACGCUUGGGAGAUGACACUCGCCCACCACCACCCUCAUCAGCUACACCCUCCACCUGACAUUAUAUCAAACAUGGUUAACUUUAUUCUUUCGCACAUCUGCCCAGUGAAGAGAAAGAGAAGGCGAGGCUAAACUUCUCAAGCAGUAUUGACGGGCAGUUUGAGGAACUGAUGAGACUUAACCACUUAGUGGUUAUCUUCCGUACCUCUGUGUGUGGGAUCACCUCAUUUGCUAUCUGUUCAGCCAUUGUUUGCUAUCUGUUUGGGCUUGAAAAUGUUUAUAAUUAUUUUGCUGGCAAUAUUAAAAUGCAAAAACACCAUAAAGCAAACAGUGAAUGUAGCACUUUAUACUUUCAUGGCAAUAUCCUGAGGUAUACAGAAUCUUUAAGUUUAAACAUUUUCUAACGAGAAUAGAUUAUUCCCUCAUGAAACAUUUGUAAUUAUAGAGAAAAAAAAUCAUACAGGGUUGGAACGACAUGAGCGUGACUAUAUGAUGACAGGAUUUAAAUUUUUGGAUAAACAAUUCUAAAUAACACAGCCAUACAUUAAGGCUGCAGCUGUAUAAAAAUGAAAUAUUAAAUUAUUUAUAUAUAAAGUGGUUUGUGACAGAAAAAUAGAGAACUACUGAAGAAUUAUAUACAGAAGUUAUAUAAGAGCAAUAUGAACUAUAAGUGCAAGCACAAAUGCUUCUGUGCCUUGGUAAAUAGAUUGUGUUAGCUGGUCAUUUUCUGUAUCUGUCCAGCUGACAUGUGGUCAUGUAACAAAAGUAUGAAGAGCAUGCAGCUUGCUUUUUGUUUUUUUUGGGAUCUAAGGGGUAUCCGGUGUCAUCCAGAGAUAUAAAUUAUACUAAGUCACUUAUCUUUGUUACUGUAUAAGUAUUAACAUUAGUAUUAACUUUGUCUGUUAUGCCCUUGAUACUUUUUAAUUGAAUUUCUCCCAUUCUGCAUUUACCUCUAAAAGAUCCAAAAAUAUAUACAAUAGUUAUACCAUAUGUUCUGUCUGUUCUAUGUUAUGUAUGCUAAUGCAAUGUAAAAGACGUUUACACUCCAAAAAUGGUAAUUUAAAUUUUUUUUGGAAGAGUUGUUUACAGUCAGUUCAUGUGCCUUAUUUAACACUUACUGUUUUAGAGUUCAUUUGUUCUGUUCCAUUUUUAUGUGUUUUACAGCUGUGAAACUGGGUCUCUGCCCAAGGGUUCCUAGUGUUUUUCUGUUUGUUUGUUUGUUUUGCAAUGACAAAGGAAGUUCUUAAAAUUCUUCAUGCGUCCAGUGUUCAUGACUCACCAAAAUAAAUGAAUUCGUCAGCGUCCAUUGUGCUUUUGUCUGAAUGUCUUUUGUCUUUUGAAUGAUCUCUGGCACUGCAUAUGAGUAAAUUGUUCUUUGAUGCAUUAAGGAAAUUAUAUAAAAGAUUAAAUUAUUAUAAUAAUAAGUAAAUGCAUUUUGUAAUAAAUCUAA